AUGGCUGACGUAAUCGUCUCCCUCAAAGACCCCAUCGUUGGCCUAUCGUCGCCUAAGCGGGGCUCAUCUUUCCCCAUCCCCGAUGUAGAAUCUGACGAAGAGGGCCAGGCGGUAGCGCAGGGUGUCGAUGGCGAUUCAGACACAGAGGAACCUGAUGGGGCGGUGAGAGGUGGCGAUUCCUCCCACGCGCAUUUCGAGGAGAGUUCGGCGAAUGGAGAUCUGCAGGAAGGCAUGCUUCCGCGUGACCUGCCAACGCGCACUACUUACUAUGACCCUGUCGCUGAGCGUCAAUUGAGUCAAACGGAUGCCAAAUUGUUCUACCAGAGAAGUCAGAUCGGUCAAAAGAGCAUUAGCGGCAGCCCCAUGGUUACCGGUCAUGAGGCUUACGACCACACCAGCCAACCUCCACACAUUGAUCAUAGACUCGGGGAGCCAGCCCUAGGCUCUGUCAUGCAUUCUGUCGCCAAAUUAGAGUACGAAGGUCAGAGCCCUUCUCGAGGCGAUGUGUUUUCUGUCCAUUCGGGCAAAGCACCGCUACACGAUCAGGCACAGAUCCUGGAUGAGACGCCCCGUCCCACGGCCGGCAUUGAAGCCAAUGCGGCCCUGGGCGCCUUUUCUGAUACUGAACCCCACAUCACGUCUGAGCUCAGCUCCAUAUCGAAGGACAUACAAGACAUAUUGGACAUGAGACGGAAAUAUAUCGAACUCUCUCUCCAAGGUCCUGACGAUAAUCCUAAGGAUCAAGAUGACUGGGAGAUCUACCCUCCACCCCCUGAGCCAGCCUGGGCUCAUCAACACGGGACCAGCGCAGGGCUUGCCACGUCCGGCAACAGUGCAGUGAACAGCCUGCACAGCAGUAUGGUGCUACCAGCAGCCGCCACGGGUAGUCAAGCGCCUGUAUCAGCUGACCCCGAAAUCGACCACACCCUCAAACGAUCAAGCAGGAAGAGAAAGCCUGGACAGAAUGUUGGCGAGGACUUCGUACCAGAAGAGCUGCAGCCAGUUCCUGGCGUCACGGAGAUGACCUUCAAACUUGAUGACAGCGGUGUCUAUCAAGUUUUCGACAACAAGGAUGAGGAAGCCAAUGGUCGACCUCUGGUACAAGUUCCUACCAUCCGUGAGUUCUACAUGAAUCUCGAUCAAAUUCUCAGCCUUUCGUCAGACGGCCCAAGCAAAAGCUUUGCAUUUCGGCGUCUUCAAUACCUAGAAGCCAAGUUCAACCUGUACGCUUUGUUGAACGAGUACCAGGAGACAGCAGACAGCAAGAAGGUGCCGCAUCGAGACUUCUACAACGUCCGCAAGGUUGAUACUCACGUUCAUCACUCUGCCUGUAUGAACCAGAAACAUCUCUUGCGCUUUAUCAAGAGCAAAAUGAAGAAGUGUCCGGACGAAGUUGUACUUUAUCGCGAUGACCGCCAUCUCACCUUGGCUGAGGUUUUCGAAAGCAUCAACCUCACCGCCUACGAUCUCAGCAUUGACACCCUCGAUAUGCAUGCACACACCGAUUCUUUCCACCGAUUUGACAAGUUCAAUCUGAAAUACAAUCCCGUUGGAGAAUCGCGGCUUAGAACAAUCUUUCUCAAGACUGAUAAUUUUAUCGACGGCCGCUAUCUGGCCGAAAUCACGAAGGAGGUCAUUGCCGAUCUUGAGUCAAGCAAGUACCAGAUGGUCGAGUGGCGAAUCUCCAUCUAUGGCAGGUCGCUCGAUGAAUGGGACAAGCUUGCCGCUUGGGUCAUCGACAACAAGCUAUUCUCGCACAACGUGCGGUGGUUGAUUCAGAUCCCUCGUCUGUAUGACGUGUAUAAAGCAACCGGACUCAUGGACACCUUUGAACAGGUGGUCAAAAACGUGUUUCAACCUCUGUUUGAAGUUUCCCAGGAUCCGUCGAGCCACCCUAAACUCCACAUAUUUUUGCAGAGGGUGAUCGGCUUCGACAGCGUUGACGACGAAAGCAAAGUCGAGCGCCGUUUGUUCAAGAAGUUCCCCGUCCCGAAGGUCUGGGACUCCAAGCAGAACCCGCCUUAUAGCUACUGGGUGUAUUACAUGUGGUCAAACAUGGCCUCACUGAACGCACUACGCAAGCGCAGAGGGUUCAAUACCUUUGUCCUGCGUCCUCACUGUGGUGAGGCGGGUGACAGUGAGCAUCUCGCCGUCGCAGCACUUUGCUGCCACAGCAUUAGUCACGGUCUUUUGCUGCGCAAAGUUCCAUUGUUGCAGUACAUCUAUUACCUGGAGCAAAUCGGAAUCGCCAUGUCGCCGCUCAGCAACAACGCUCUCUUCCUGGCAUACGAGAGAAACCCUUUCUACCAGUACUUCCGUCGCGGCCUCAACGUCUCCUUAUCCACGGAUGACCCGCUCCAGUUUGCCUUCACUAAGGAGCCUCUUAUGGAGGAGUAUGCGGUGGCUGCGCAGAUUUACAAGCUCAGCUCCGUAGACAUGUGCGAAUUGGCCAAGAAUUCGGUUAAGCAAAGUGGCUAUGAGAAGUCUGUUAAAGAACAGUGGCUCGGUCCAAACUUCCAUCUUCCUGGCAAGGCCGGUAAUUCGAUGGAGAAGACCAAUGUUCCCGACCGCCGUGAAGAUUUCCGUCACCAAACUCUGCAGCAGGAGCGAGACGUGUUACAGCAAUAUAUCGCCUUCAAUACUCGGCAUGGCACGGACGCGAGCGGCAAGUCACAAGGGCAGAACACGGCAAAGCCUGCGUCAGUAACGCCACAGUACGUCAACCAGAAUGAGCCUGCUGCGCACGAAGGCGCCGUUGUCGCAACUCCGAUACGCAUGUCGUCGAUGACGGAGUCGCCAGGUCUCACAGAGAGCUUCAGUGACGUUCAUAUUUCGGGUCGAGAACCAAUCAUUCUGCCUGGUGUGGUAAGCAGAGGAACAAGAAGCGACAGCCUUCGACCAGCAGAAGGAUCUUGAUUGGGACAGGAGGCGUUGCUGUUUAAUGUGUCGUGUUACUGCAGGUCCCGCCAAAUUGUACUCGUCUAAGGGAACCUAUGGAGGAGCAAGGAAAAUUUGUCUUGGUGUGUGUGUGGCUAUCGUGUCAGACCGCCAUAAUUGCCAAUCAAAGAAAAAGAUACAUUUGUUUAGUGCUUUCCCCACUUCAUGAUGGUAGCAGGUAAAUGAACCUGUUCAUGUCAAAUUGCACUAAGAUAUACCUACCUAUACAAAUGGAGCGUUGGAGACG